AUUGCAUACGUGGCGCUGUGGUAGCCAGUAUGCCGCUGUGAAGUGGCAGGUAGCUGAGUGCGAGACGAGCAUAUGUCGUUUUUUCGUUUGCACAGAAAAAUCUGGCUGGGAAAAUGAGGUGGCUUGUUCCGUGCGUGUUCCUAAUCACCUUCGUCGCGAGCGCGCACUGUUACUUUAUCACCGUGGACGCGCACGCGGAGGAAUGUUUCUUCGACAAAGUCGAAUUUGGCACCAAGAUGGGCCUCACGUUUGAGAUAGCGGAGGGUGGAUUCCUAGAUAUAGAUGUAAAGAUAGUUGGCCCCGACGGUAGGAUGAUCUAUCAGGGCGAAGCAGAGAGCAGUGGAAAAUACACGUUUGCCGCACACACUGCAGGUGUCUACACUUACUGCUUCAGUAACCAGAAGAGCACAAUGACGCCAAAAGUCGUCAUGUUCAACAUGGACAUCGAUGAGAGUAAAAAGCAAAAUGAGGAAACCGCUGGCGCGGAAGGUCAAGACGGAGACGCCAGUCAUGGGAAACUGGACGACAUGAUCAAAGACCUGAGCACCAGCUUAUGGGGUGUAAAGAACGAGCAGGAAUACAUGCAGGUACGCGAUCGGAAUCACAGAGCAAUCAAUGAGAGUACAAAUUUCCGCGUUGUGAUGUGGGCGUUCUUUGAAGCGAUGGUUCUGGUUUGUGUGACGAUAGGACAAAUCUUUUAUUUGAAGCGUUUCUUCGAGGUGCGGAGAAUUGUGUAGCUUAAGGUGUGAUUUAAUGUUAUUUACUCCGAAUCAAUUGUACAUUUUUCUAUGUAAUUAAAUUAUAUCCGAUUAUGAUAAGUCAUUCUCAUGCGGUAAAUACAUUCUUCACAUUUUGCCGAUAUGUUAAAUCGAAACUGUACAUCACUAGUGUUAGUAUUAAACGAGAAGAUAUUUCUAAUAGGCAACAAUUUCUAAGAAAACGAGACAUUUUAUGGAGGAAAUCAGUGCAAUUGUGUCUCUAUAUGAUAACCAUUAUUGAGAGAAAAAAAAAUACGUAUCUGUAAUGAAAAAUAUACAUAUACAUCUUUCU